AUGGCUGAAGCUCAGCGUCGCUGUCCCGGCCUGGUGGUUCGGCCCAUGCGCACGGAGCGGUACCGGCGGGUGGCGGAGCAGGUGCACGGGUUGCUGCGCAGGUUUGCUCCCGACGGUCAGGUGGAGAAGACCAGCUACGACGACUUUUACCUGGACGUCACUGCCGCAUGCACCCCACCUCCCGCGGCGGAAGCAGGGUCGGGGUCGGGGUCGGGGUCGGGGUCGGGAUCAGGGCACGGGGCAGGGCCGGGUGGCCACGGCGCCGCAGGCCCGCAGUCCCUGACGGGGAGCGGAGCCCUGGGCUCAGGGCUUGGGUUGUGUCCGGAUGUGGACCACGUGGAGGUGGGUGGCUUGAUGUAUGAUGAUGUGGGUCAGUAUUACGACGAAUUGGGGGCCGGGGGCAGUGACGGCGACGGAGAGGGGGAGCUGGACUCCGUACCCUGGGCUCUGGAGGUGGGCGCGGCGGGAGAGAGAAGCUCAGAUUUGGAUUCCUGGACCCUGGCUGUCACGGAUGUGGGGGUACAGGAGGCAGGAGGUGGAAGAGGAGGCGGAGGAGAGAUGGGCAGUCCCGGCGGUGGCGGCGGUGAUAGUAGUAGUAGUGGUGGUGAUGGUGGUGGCUGUGGUGGCGGUGGCCGAACGCGGUACAUCGAACACCGGACGCCAUUUUCAAAUGGCAAACAGGAACAUCACGAUCAGCAGCAGCCGCAGCGGCGAGGUCGGGGGCAUGCGGACUCCCCGCCUCAUGUGCAUGUGGCUGGUGGUGGCCUCUGGGCGGAUGUGGAGCCGUGGCUACGUCGGGGGGUGGAGGUGGCGCAGCGGCUGCGAGGGGCACUGAAAGACGCGCUGUCCCUCACGGUCUCCGUGGGUGUGGCGCCCACCAAGCUCUCCGCACGGCUAGCUGGGCCCACCCACAAGCCGGAUGCCAUUACGGUGGUUCCCGCGGCCCGGCUGCGGGAGUUCAUGGCGGGAGUGAAGAUCAAGUCCGUGCCGACGCUCGCGCGCAAGACCGGCAGUCACGUGGUUUCGGAGCUGGGUGGUGUGGAGCGCGUGGGACAGCUGGCCGCCUGGCCGCGUCGUGCGCUGGUCGCCCGCUUUGGAUCGCGGCUGGGCAACCUCCUGGCGGACCUGCCGUAUGGUGGCGCCACCGCCGCCACCGUCACUGCCACCGCCACGGCCGCCGGCGGCAGCGGCGGCGGGGGUGCGUGUGGCGGCAGUGUUCGCGAGCGGGGUCCUCAGAAGAGUCUGCUGGUGGAGCGCAGCUUCCCCGCCAUCACGCGGUUCGCGGGUGUGAAGGAGGCCCUGAUGCCCCUGGUGGGGGCGCUGUGGGAACGGAUGGUGGAGGAUGCGGUGGCGAACAGACGUGCCCCUAACAAACUGCUGCUGACGUGGCGUCAAGGUUACGGAGCGCCCAAGACCAAGUCAGCUGACGUGUCCGUGCAGAUGCUCCAGAUCUGCGAGGAAGGUCCCCCCGUGGCCAAUCCCAACUACUCCCUCUCACAUCAAUUGUCAUUCUCCGCCGUGUAUGCAACCCAUGUCCCGCCCAAGGCACUGAAAGCAGCUGCGGCCUCAGCGGCACUAGGCACCAGUCCUAGCACCAGUCCUAGUACCAGCGUUCUACCCGCUGUUGGCGGAGGACACGCGGAUGCUGCCGACCCUGUACCUGCACCUGCACCUGCACCUGCGCCUGCCUCCGUCUCGAGCUGCGGCGGUUCGGGGCCGGUGUCAAGCUGCAGCGCCUUGUCUUCGGGUCGCUGGAUGGAGCCUGGUGCUGUGUCCAGCAGUACCUACCAGGGCUGUCGGGCGCUGCUGGAGGGAGCCGCCGCCAUUUUCAAGCUAGGACUGGGCAACGUGCGCAAUGCCAUGCAGGCGCGUGGGAUUUUUAAGCAUGUGGAGGGCUGGGGCCGCGGCAUGCUGUGCCCAGAGACCACUGCCGGCAGCACGGAUCACAUGGUGCUGCCGCUGCAACAGCCACUCCUGGAGCAGUGGGGACAGUACGGCCGACAGCGUACAGUGGUCGUAGAAAGCCUCUGGGCGCUCUCCCAGCCCCUGGCUAGGCAACACAGCGCCACAGAAGACUGCAAAUCGUUGUUGUUGUUGUAG